UGUGCGUUUGUUAUCCACAAAAGUUUCAUGUUUUGUGCUUUUCUUUGUUUACGUUACUGAAAAGUACAUUUUUUUUCACUCACACGGUGAGCAAUCGCUUUUUCACAUUCCUUCCAUUGAUCUCCAUAAAUCGAACUUGAAAAGGUCAAAAGUUGACCGAGACCGAGACUUACAGACGUGGCGCUUGUUACACGUGGAGAAAAUCGCGGCAGACAGGUAGUACGCCUGUAUGUGUGAACUAUAGUGCUUCCAUCCACAAAACAACUCUCUAGAGUUCCAGAUGUGGCUCUGGGAGUAUAUUAUGCUAAUCAGACAACGACAAACGGCGCGGCGCAACGUCAGGGUUCCCUUGGUUUACCUGGGCAUAGGUGCGGUCGGUUUAUGCGCCCUAUAUCUAGUCUUUGGUUCUGGCGCACAUCUGCUGUGCAACAUUAUCGGAGUGCUCUACCCAGCCUACAUCUCCAUCCAUGCCAUCGAGUCUAGCACAAAGCAGGACGACACAAAAUGGUUGAUCUACUGGGUCACUUUUGGCAUCUUCACAAUCAUUGAGUACUUCUCCGGCCUCCUAACGGCAAUAAUUCCCUUUUACUGGCUGCUGAAGUGUGCUUUCCUCAUCUGGUGCAUGCUGCCCACUGAGCAGAACGGUUCCACCAUCAUCUACGCUAAACUUGUGCGUCCCUAUUUCCUGAAGCACCACGAAUCGGUCGACAGGAUCCUUAACGAUGGCAUAAACAAGGCCGCCGGCGUGCUCAAGCGCGACUAGAAUCGUUUGGAUGCGCCAUCGCCGUCCCGCUGCUCGCUUCCCUAUGCAUUUGGAUUUGGACAAGGGCUUGAUCAUCUCCUCACCUCGUAUCGAUUACGUUUUAUAAAUUUUAACUAUGUAUUCAUCUUGUUGUUGAUAAAUGCACCACCAGUGGGAAUCAAGAAUCUGCUUGUUGAAAGUAAAACAGAAA